GGUUUCUUCUCUGGAAGGAUGGGUGGAAGGGUUACGACCAUGAGGCCACUGUGGUGGUUCUUUAGUGUUGUUUCAUGCUUGGUCACUUUGUCCAGCCAGUUGUAUUUCUACACCGCCUAUUUCACGCUUGCUCCUCCAACAUUGAUCUGCGCUGAUUGCCCUCGCCCGAGCUGUCGAUCCAACCAUGGGUAUCGCUGGAGCUACCACUACAUGGACAACUUCGAGAUUGGUGAGCAGUACUCUGCGAUUAGAUACUGGCGACUCGCUUGCUUCACUGAUGCCCUGUACAUCCUGCUUGUGCUCGGCUCUCUUACAGGAGGUGCCGUUGGAGUUCUUGCCUAUUUCCACUAUAGGUGGUGCAUGCUGAUCAGCGUUGCUGUCGGAGCAAUCAGUGCCGCACUGAGUCCUCUGGCACCCACAUCUUCGUGGUUCAUCGCGUUGCAAGUUUUGUCAGCGAUGGGGCAUGCUUGUGCGGCGGUGGCAUCAGUUUGCAGGCUUGUGGAAGAAGUCCCAGUGCCUAGCCAGGAGGAGGAGGUUGAAGAAGGUGGGACAAAGUCCUCAGUAGUAAGUUUCAUACCAAUGGUUGGAGCCCUCUUCAUCUCUACCACGCUGAGCUUUGUAGUCCCAGCGUAUAGUUUUUAUUCAGAUUGGAAGCGGGGAAACAUGGUGGUAGCCCUGGCGGAUGCUGUUUUGAUAGUGGUGCUCACAGUAGAAAUGGUAAUACUAGCGGUGAUUGAUCGACGCAAGAACAAGAUGGUCAAAGGCGUCAAUUACUGCUAACAUAUAAGGGGCUCUUAUCCUGCAUUUGGCGACAUUUCAGUCACUCCACUAGAACCAUACAACCAUAGAACCAGGAGGAGAGAGGUAGCUCACGUCAAACACUGUAAUCUCAAUAAAACUUCCAGAUUUAAGAGA